AUGUCGCCGAGCACCAGCGGCCGUCGAAGAUUAUCACCGUUAAUCCUCCAUGAUGACCUGUUCACCCAGGUCUUAUUAUUGCUUCCUGUUAAAUCUCUUAUGCAACUAAAGUGCGUUUGCAAGUCUUGGAACACCCUCAUCUCCGGUCCCACCUUCGUUGAAUUACACCUUCAGCAAUCACAACGACGAAAAAGGCAACUACUACUAACAUAUGUACUCUCAUACGAUGAUAAUCGUUGGUUCGUACCCUUAUCCAUAUGUCGUUUACUGAGUAACACAUCAAUCACCCUUGACUGCCGUAGAUUGAUGUACACUGAUUGUAGCGAAGUAGUUGGUUCCUGUAAUGGAUUGAUAUGUUUGCUUGGACGGUCCGCAAAUAAGCAUCGAGCCAUCUGGUUCCGUGUUUGGAACCCAGCCACAGGGAAUAUAUCUGAAAAAUUAGGAUCUUUAAACAAACCUCGCAAGCGUGGAUCUAGCAUGCUCAGAUACACAUUUGGUUAUGACAUUUCAACUGGAAGUUAUAAGGUGGUGGGGUUCGAUACUAGAGAGGUGAAAGUUUUCGGUUUGACUGAUAAUGUCUGGAGAAAUCUUCCAUGUGUUCCGGACAAUGCGGGCAUAGUUUGCUGGGACAACAAUGUCAAUAAAGGUGAGUAUUUAAGUGGCACUAUUAACUGGUUGGCUAUUCAAAAUUGGUUACAAUGUGAUAAAUAUUGUGAAAAUAUUUCUAUUAUGCGAUUUGUGAUUAUUUCGCUUGAUCUUGGUAUGGAGACUUAUAAAAAGAUGAUGCCCCCUCCGGAUUGUGAUCAAGUCCCAUUUGUCAUUGAGCCAAUUAUUGCAGUGUUGAUGGACUGCCUUUGUUUUGCUCAUCACUUAAGAACCCAUUUUGUUAUAUGGAAGAUGACGCAAUUUGGAGUUGAAAAGUCUUGGAGUCGAUUCCUCAAAAUCAGCUAUCAGGAUCUUCAAAUUGACAUUAGGUUUAAUGAAAAAAUGAUUUAUCAUCCAUUAUUAUUAUCGCCAUUGUGUCUUUCCGAGAAUGGUGAUAAACUGAUAUUGGCCAAUAAUCAUGAAGACCAAGCAAUUAUCUACAACAUUCGAGAUAAUAGAGUGGAGCUAACUAGAAUUAUCAAUUCCAUUCAAUGGUUUCUUUCCAAAAAUUAUGUUGAAAGUUUGGUUCCAAUUUGCUGA